CACGGGUCGUCUGGCAGAGGGAAGGUUACCGGGGAAGAAAUACACUAUACACCACGACAGCCAGCGCUUAUGACCUGAAUCCACCUAUGAUAUAUAACAGAGUUUACCCAAGGAACAGGAAUCACCAUGAAGAUCGACAAGAAUAUGAUUCCUAUGAAGAUGCACUAUAUAUUGAGAUACGCAGGCACUGGUCCUCUCAUGCCUUUCCUGACGGUGAUCGCUCGACAAAAGGGCUUGGCUAACGAGGUGGUCGGUCUGAUCUGGACGGUAAUGCCCUUCGCAAGUAUAUUGGUCAAGACGUCAGCGGGGGCCAUGGCUGACUAUCUGAGAGCUCACCGGGCCUUCUUCGUGACGUCAAUAUUGGUCCUCGGAGGGUCGCUGACGGGGAUCUACUGGUGUCCUGACAUCACUCCUGACGUCGCGAUUGGCAGCGCUCCGAAUAUGACCAGUGGUAUCCUCUCUAACUUCCCUCCUGACAACAUGACUGACAUCACUAAGAACAUCACAUCUGACGUCACUUCUGACAUCACUUCUGACAUCACUUCUGACAUCAGCAACGCCUCCAGGACACAGGAAGCGACGAGAGGAGGAGAGGUGGAAGGCUGCGGCAGUGUUGCCAAAGGAAAUUCCUCGACGCCGCUGGACCUGCCCGAGGGGGAACUCUGCUCGCGGGGAACUGGCAACGCUGAUUUGUUGCCAAUGGAGGCGCUGGUACACCGAGGCGAAUUCUGGAUUCUGUUCAUCCUUCUCAUGAGCCAGUUCUGUGCCUUCAUGGUGCAGCUGGACUUGCAGGAGACAGUGUGCUUCCAGAUGCUUGGAGACAAACCCCACAAGUACGGUCUUCAGCGGCUCUGGGGCACGGUGAGCUACGGUGCCACAGCUGUCAUUGGCGGGGCGCUGGUCGACUGGUACUCGCAAGACUUGCCCCAGAAGGACUACCUCCCCGUGCACAUCAUGGUCGCCGUGUUCCUUACCUUAGACGUGGUCGUCGUGGCUCGUCUUCGGUUCACGGUUCCGGAUAAGAAGAUUUCGUCAGCGGAAGUGAACCAGGUUUUCAAGAGGCCGACGGUCAUACUGACGUGUUCGUGUUUUUAA